CGCACGGAACGUCUAUCCCAUAGACGUUCUUACCCUACCUUUGUUUCGUUGCAUUUUUAAAUUAAAAUUUUUAACUAACAACAGUGGAACUAUUUUUACUUUAUAAAAGAGUUCUUCAUCCUUUGUUUACAUAGAAAUUAGAAGCUUUUGGCUUUAUUUAGACAUUUAUUUAUUACUUUUUUUACAAUGUAAAAAAACGUCGCCAUGACUACGCUAGUCCAAGACACACCCACAAUGUUGACUACCAAAGAGACUUUAUAAUUAUUCUAAAAUUUAUCACAAAUAAAUAGUAAUAAUGAAGAAUUUGAUCUAGAUAUAUAGAUUAGAUUCAGUUUUCUAUAGUUGAUGAACAGGACAAUGGCUACAGACAAGAACGUUCGAUUGUGCCAACCCACUGGACAGACUGUGUUAACUAUCACCACAACGGAAAUGCACACAGGUGGGGAGCCAGUGCGAAUUAUUGAAUCUGGUUUUCCAAAACCUAGAGGGGAGACUAUCCUGGACAAAAUCAACGAUCUACGACAAAACUAUGACCACCUACGGAAAUUUGUGAUUCUGGAACCACGCGGUCAUUUUGACAUGUACGCCGUCUUGUUGGUGCCUCCUGACAAUCCUGAAGCAGACAUCGGCGCCAUAUUUCUCCACAAUGAGGGCUACUCAACGAUGUGUGGACACGCCUGCGUGGCCUUGGGGCGCUACGCGGUGGACAAUGGACUCAUUGAGCUAAACCUCCACCAGGAGAGUACUACAGAAGCUCAAGUCAAUAUCCAAGUUCCUUGUGGUCUGGUCAAAACAUUUGUCUCUGUUCAAGAAGAUGGUGACGUAAUAAGAACUGGACGUGUUCGAUUUGAAAGUGUCCCUUCUUUUGUCGUCUGCCAAGAUGUCUGUGUACAAGUUGAAGGCUACGGAGACUGUCAGAUAGAUGUCGCUUACGGUGGGGCGUUUUAUGCAUUUGUGUCGUCUGCUGACUUGAGCGUUGAUUUACAAAGUUCUCCUAUUGCAGAAAUAGCCAAAGCUGCAACGGCUUUGAAAGCUGCGGUUUCUAGUGCAGUAUCACUUCAUCAUCCUGAGACACCUGCGUUCCUGUACGGGAUCAUGGUUGUAGACUCACGGAAGGCGUUCGCAGAAGAUGGUGUGUAUCAUCACACCUGCAUAUUUGCUGACUCGGAGACUGACAGGUCUCCCUGUGGCUCGGGAUGUACUGCACGUGCGGCCUUGAUGUUCCAAAGAGGUCAGUUGAAGCUGGGACAGACGUGUACUUUUAGAAGCGGUGUCACAGGUUCCGAGUUCCAAGCAAGAGUGGUGAAUACGUCCCGAGUGGACUUGACAGACGCUGUCGUCGUGGAAGUGGAAGGACAAGGGUACUACAGCGGCAGAAACAUCCUCACUUUGGAAGAAGGCGACAGUCUGGGAAAAGGUUUUAUUGUUCGAUAACGCCUUGUAUUACUUGUGUUACACCAAACAUAGGGGUGCUUUAAAAUGUAAUCCUAUCAAAGAAGGAAACUAAAAGAGAUUGCUCGUUCCUCUGAUAGAGUGUGUCGUUUUUUUCUUGUUUGUUUGUUUUUUUUUUAAAUUUUACAAUUCAAGUCAGAUCUUCAUGGAACUUGAAAUUUUUAUUAUUUUUCUUUUUUUAAGUUUAAUAAUGGAGCUAUUGUCUUUUUAAACAACAUAUUGUUUAUGUUUUUCUUUAUCUUAAUCUGCAUUUAGCUAUUAAAAUGAUGAUUAAAAACUAAUACAGGCAACGAAA